GCGGACUGGGAAUUUUUUUGGAGAUGGUGAAGCUGCAGCUGGAUGCGCCGGCGUCGUUACCACCGUGACUGUUAAACCAGACUCAAUUGCUUGCUCCCGCAAGCCGCUUCGCUGCAAGUUCGUCUCGGCUCGUGCAACUUCUUUUCCUUGCGGGACUUGAAAAAGAGCCAACGGCUUCCCAGGAAUUACACAGUCCGCGUCGACCAUGGAGUUUCUCCUCUACGAAGGCCCCAUGGGCUAUGCGCUCUUCAAGGCCGUUCACCAGCCGGACACUGUUGGUAACCGGCUGAAGGAAGUCCAGGAUAGUGUUCAAGAUCUGGCGAAAUUUGGCAAGAUGGUGGAACUUGUCAGUUUCUUACCAUUUGAGAAUGGAAAACAAGCUUUGGAGGAACUCCACGACAUAUCAGAAGGCAUCGCGUCUGACUACCUCAAGUCAUUCCUCGAGCUGAACCUACCGAAACCGGGAAAGAAGAACAAAGUGACCUUGGGCGUGUCCGACAAGAUUCUUGCCAGCAGUAUAAAGAGUGCUUUCCCGAACAUCGAGUGCGAAACAGGAGACACGAGCGAAAUUGUCCAGGACAUGCUACGAGGAAUCCGUCAGCAUUCGGAGAAAUUGUUGAAACAGCUCCGCGAAGGCGACACUAGCACUGCUCAGCUCGGACUUGGUCAUGCAUACUCCAGAGCUAAAGUCAAGUUCUCGGUCCAGAAAAAUGACAACCACAUUAUCCAAGCGAUUGCAAUCUUGGACCAGCUGGAUAAGGCGAUCAACACCUUCUCAAUGCGAGUGCGUGAAUGGUAUUCGUGGCACUUUCCCGAAUUGGUCAAAAUCGUCUCGGACAAUCACAAGUACGCUAAAGUCGCACUUUUCGUGAAGGACAAGAAGAGUCUGUCCGAAGACAGUCUUCACGAUCUUGCGGCGGUCGUGGAUGAUGACGAGGAAAUUGCGAAGAGCAUCAUCGAGGCUGCGAAGACGAGUAUGGGUCAGGAACUCUCAGGAUCAGACAUGGAGAACGUUACAUUGUUUGCGCAACGAGUAGUCAGCCUUGCGAAUUACCGAAAGACCCUCUACAGCUACCUCGUGUCCAAGAUGGGCGUAGUGGCGCCGAAUUUGGCAGCACUGAUCGGGGAGAUAGUGGGCGCUCGGCUCAUCUCGCAUGCCGGCAGUCUUACCAACCUGUCAAAGUACCCAGCCUCAACCGUCCAGAUAUUGGGAGCUGAAAAGGCCCUCUUCCGAGCUCUGAAAACCAAAGGCAACACCCCCAAGUAUGGUCUACUGUACCACUCCUCAUUCAUCGGUCGCGCGUCCCAGAAAAACAAAGGGCGCAUCUCCCGCUUCCUCGCGAACAAGUGCUCCAUCGCGUCUAGGAUUGACAAUUUCUCCGAGUCACCAACCACGGCAUUUGGUGAGGUUCUGAAGAAGCAAGUUGAGGAACGGCUAGAGUUUUAUGCUUCCGGAACACAACCGACGAAAAAUGAAGUUGCUAUGAAAGAAGCCAUGGAGAAAGUCCUUGAGCACAUGGAUAUUGAUGAGCCUUCCAAGGCAGAUUUGGACGAGGAAAUGUUUGAUGCUGCUCCUGCUUCUGCCUCCAAGCAAGAAAAGCGAGAGAAGGACAAGAAGGAGAAAAAGGAUAAGAAGGACAAGAAAGAAAAGCGCAAGUCUCAAGGCGGAGACGAGGUGACAGAGAAGAAGAAGAAGCGGAAGUCUCUCGAUGUUGAUGGUGAGGCCGAGGAGAAAAAGAAGAAGAAGAAAGUGAAGGAAUGAUUGGUCCAUCUUGGAUUACUUGUUGUGUGCAUGGCGUUGGUCGGGGAUUUUGUUAUGUUGGAACAGAAUAUGGGCUGGGAAAGGCUGUGUACUCUCUACCGCGACGAGAAGCAGAAAAUUCGCAUCCAUGAAGUCUGAGUUCACUAAUUUAUGCCACAUCUUGAUUCAUGUUUCAACCUGUCUUCCCGCUCAAGUAUCUAGUGUUCGUCUAGAAGAGCACGUACUGAAGAUAUUAUAUGGGCAUUUUAUGGGGGUACACCG